UACAUGUAAUGACAGUGCAUGUUUGCGAAGAACGUUCUCGCACCGGUUGACGCAAGGGAUACCAUCUCUCAACUAGCAUAUAAACGAAACGUGUUUCCCAAGCACGUGGUGCUCAGAUCGACAGUGAACGUCGACACGGUAACUCGGCGAAGAUAGUCCGCGAUUGUCUGAAAAAACGCCCAACUCAAAACCAGUUUCUUAUUUUGACACUUCUCAACGGAGUAUCAUCUCUUAUCUUUUCUUUUGAUUUUAAUUUAAAUAUCAUAGUCAUUUUCUUAAAAAAAAUGAAUGUAAAUAUAUUAAUCAAUAAUAUACAAGGACAAAAAAUUUAAAAACAAAUUCACAAGAAUAUUAAACUAGAAAUAGUGAGAAAUUGGAAGAAAAGUUGAUCGAUUCUGUGUUAGGCGAGUUGUUUUACCAACGCGAUACUGCACGUGUGUGAUUAAAAUCGGGAGCUUUUGAAACUUCGAUAUUUUACAUUCACCGCUCAUCCUCGACUUUUGGUGUGGGACGCCAUAUACAAAAAAUAUCGCUUGAAUCUUGAAUCAGUCGGGUUUGAAAUCCCUGUCCACAUACAUCGAGUGGCACGUGUUCGUGCUUGCUGGCGUGUUAACUUGUUAAACGGUUCAACACGGGUACCGUACUGUCAAAUGUGUUUCUGGAUCAUCGUGCCAAGGAUGAGGUAGGACAACUAGUCGCUGCCAAGACCCAUGGUGCAACACCUUUAGUCAUGGCAUGUCGGAACGGACAUUAUGAUGUGGCGGAGUAUCUCAUUGAGAAAUGCGGAGCAGACGUGGAUCAACCAGGAUCAGUGGUCUUCGAAGGCGAGACAAUCGAGGGUGCGCCACCUCUGUGGUGCGCGGCAGCUGCUGGACACUUGGCUCUAGUCAAAUUAUUGGUGAAACGUGGCGCUAAGGUGAACUCGAUCACAAAAACAAAUUCCACUCCUCUUCGCGCCGCUUGCUUCGAUGGACAUUAUGACAUCGUUAAGUUUUUAGUGCAACACGGUGCAGACAUCGAGAUGGCAAACCGACACGGACAUACAUGCCUGAUGAUUGCAUGUUAUCGAGGACACGUUAAAAUCGCAAAGUUCCUACUCUCCUUAAAGGCGGAUGCGAAUCGCAAGUCUGUGAAGGGCAACACAGCGCUGCACGACUGUGCCGAAAGCGGAUCUCUUGAGAUACUGAAGAUACUCGUGGAGCACGGUGCCCAGAUGGACGUGGACUCCUACGGGAUGACGCCACUCCUCGCGGCAGCAGUAACAGGUCACACGCAUAUCGUCGAGUAUCUGAUAGGCAUUCCGCAGCUGUUCAGCAGGAAAGAACGUAUCGAUGCGUUGGAGUUGCUUGGAGCUACUUAUGUAGAUAAAAAGAGGGAUAUAAUAGGCGCCUUGCAGCUAUGGAAACGAGCUAUGGACGAGCGAUAUCGGGGAGACGGCCCACUGAUACCAAAACCCGAAUCUCCACCUUCUGUAGCCGCUUACGAUUACGCUCGAGAAGUGACUUCUCCCGAAGAAUUGGAUAAUCUGUUGGCGGAUCCCGACAAAAUGCGCAUGCAGGCAUUGGUGAUAAGAGAACGUAUAUUAGGACCAGCUCACCCGGAUACGAGUUACUAUAUCAGAUAUCGUGGAGCGGUAUACGCGGACGCUGGUAAAUUUCGUCGCUGUAUCGAAUUGUGGAACUACGCUCUCGACAUGCAGCAAAGCAUGCUGGAGCCGCUGAAUCCAAUGACGCAAAGCUCUCUAUUCAGUUUCACCGAACUCUUUAGUUUUAUGGUAGGUGAGGAAGGUAGAAAUACAACCAGGGGACGUAGAGUACCGCCGUUAAAGAGAAAGGAUCUCUUGAAAGUUUUUCAGAAAGCUGUCAAUGAAGUUAGUAAGGGAAAGCAGAUGUUGGAAAAGAUGGGCGAUCUGGCAUGCGAGCGCGAUCUUACGUUCUUAAACAGGGUUCUUAUCAUUACUCUGCACCUGGCAUGUCUGUUAACACGCGAAACCGGGGAAAAAGGUAGUGAAGAGUACGACGAGUUACAUAGAGAGAUCUACAAGUUAGUUCGAAUACAUGCCAAAGGCAAACAUGGUCGCGAUGUGUUGCAAUUGGUAUACAGCGAAGACGUUACGCUGGUCGGAAGAUACCCUACGUGCAAGAUUCCGUCUUCUCACUUGACCCAAGCACUGCUGAGAGUAGGCGCAGAUGUAACGGCCAAAGACAACGAUGGAAACACAGCUCUACACUUGGCCGCCCUGUUUCCUUCUUUGGGCCGCACUUGGCACUGGAAUUUAGCGACCGAUCUCCUUGAUGCCGGAGCGCACAUCGACACCGUUAACAACAAUGGCAAGACGUUCAAGGAUCUGUUGAACGACGAAGAGCGUUACAACAUGAUCCGACCAGUGAAAUAUAUCACGCUCGCCUGUUUAGCCGCGCGGGUGGUCAAAAAGACGCAGAAUAUUAACAGAGUACCUCACCAUCUUCGUGCUUUUGUUGAGAUGCACUAACAACAUCGAUAAAAAUGCGAGUGAGCACGGUAACGUUUGCCGGUAAUAAGAUGCCGCGACUGACGUUUUAUCUCCCACACGACUGAUCGUUAAGAAAAGAAAUAAUUCGCGCGUUGACAAACACUCAAUUUGUAAUUAAUUCGUUUUAAAUUAAAUGAAGAAACUCGCCUUCUUAUAAUCCGUGUCAAAAGAUAAAAUGAUCCCGUAAAAUAUAGUUCUUUUAAUCAAUGGUACGGAAUUAUGUAAGUGAUUAAAGUCGAUAUACAUGCCGAGUAAUCGUACGGAAGCAAUGUUGGCAAUUUGUUUCCAAGUUACUAGAUAAAUAUUGUCGACAAUUUUACCAUAUUGCCUAAGUAUAGCAGUAUGACAUCAAAAGAUAACCGAUAAGAACCGAUUUCCCAAUCUCUGAUUAAGCUAGUCGAAUUAAAGUGGUGAUAAAUGCCAAUUGGUUUGGUCAAUUCUGUUAAACACACUUAAACUAAUUAUGUAUAACAAAAAAUAAACAACGAUUCUGGAUGUAAACUGCUGUAUCCGAUCGGGAUGUCAACUGUUGCCAGUUUGCCGAUAGAUAUAUAUAUCUGGCGAUUGUUAUUUGUUCUGUAUAUACCUUUACAUGAUCCCAGAAAGAUCGCAACUGCUUCUCUUUUGUGAGAAUAAAAUUUGACAUGUAUGAUAUAAAUUUCCAGAUAUUUUCGCGGACAUGCGCGCAUCGUUUUUUUUUUUUUAGAGAGAGAGAGAGAGGAGAGUGGUAAUGUUCCAAGAUUAAAAAUUUUUGUUUCA